UCUCAACUACCUAACACUCUAUCAUCGAACAACCGUAGAUACGCCUCAAUGCCCAUCCACCCCAUCCUCAUCAUCGGCGCCGGCCCCGCCGGUCUCGCAGCCGCAGCUCGCCUCCGCGAACAUACACCGUCCGCCACCUUCACCGACGACGAGCACCACCGUUACCACUGGAUCCGCAAACACGGACGCAAGAUGAAUCUCAAGAACCACAAAACAGGCGCGGAAUCGCGUCCGACGCCUCCCUCUACACCUAGUGCUUCCGACUGUGGCUGCAACAACCAUGCGUCCGGAAAUACGUCAAAUACAGACAUCGUGGUGCUCGAUGCGGAUGGUGACGCGUGGAUGUCGCGCUGGAAUCGACUCUUUUCUACCUUCGGAAUCGAUUUCCUCCGAAGCCCGAUGUUCUUCCACGUAGACCCUUCAGAUAGAGACGCACUACUUAGCUUCGUGUACGCAAAUUCUGACAAGGUUGACGAGGAGCUGCUCGCGCUGCCGGGAUGCGUGGGGAAGGAAGUGAGCAAGCACCGGAAGAAGAAGCUCGCUCAUGCGAAACCGAAACCGUCAAGCUUUCUGAAUCGAACUCGGAAAGUCGACGAGAGGGAUCGGAAGGAUUAUUAUGCUCCUAGUGCGCGGGUGUUUGCUUCGCAUUGCCGGGACGUGGUGCAGAAGUAUGGGUUAGAUGGUGGUAUGGUGAGGAAGGAGGCGGUGACGGAUAUUGACUUUGAUACUAAAGCUUCGUUUCUGGGGGAAAAGGCUGGAGAAAGUCACGCGGAUUUGGAUUCGGAUCUCGAAGUGGAUCCAGAGGGAAAGAUAUUCCGCGUCUCCACGGACAAAGGCAUAUACUUCGCUCACGUCGUCAUUCUCGCUAUAGGCCCUGGGAAUAAGCCUGCGAUUCCUCCUGUGCUGGGUCUUCCCCAACACUACCCGCACGAAGGGUACGCGCACGCAAUGCACCUCUCACAAAUCCCACCACCGCACGUCUUAUCCAAGGUUUUGGCAGGCCAACAGACCGCUCUCCUUGUUGUUGGGGGAGGCUUAACAAGCGUCCAGAUAGCUGACUUGGCUCUGAAACGCGGUGUCACAAAAGUAUACUUGUUGAGGCGUGGCCCCGUCAAAGUGAAGUACUUCGACAUCGAUUUGGAUUGGGUGGCGAAGUUUAGGAACUACAAACAGGCGGAAUUCUGGAGUGCGGAUGAAGAUGAGGAGCGAUACGAAAUGUACACCCAAGCCCGCAAUGGCGGAAGCAUGAAUCCGCGCUACCGCAAAAUCCUCGAUACGCACGUCGCCAGUGGAAGGAUAUCUUUACACACUCACACGACUCUGCAGUCUCUCUCACAAUCCUGGGACCCCGAUCUGCGCGUCUGGAAUAACAUCACCACUGGCCCACCGCUCUUACUCCCACCAAUCGAUUUCAUCGUCUUCGCUACAGGCGUCCAAACCGACGUCUCUACAAUACCGAUGCUGCAAACUAUGCUACAGAAGUAUCCGAUUCCUUGCGUCGGAGGACUUCCAUGUCUGAACGAUGAUCUGAUGUGGAAUGAUGAUGUGCCCAUGUUUGUGACGGGAAGGCUGGCGGGAUUGAGAUUAGGUCCUGGUGCGCCCAAUUUGGUGGGUUGUAGGGUGGGCGCGGAGAGGAUUUCUUGGAAUGUGGGGGAUUGGCGGGGGAGGGGGAGCGAGAAAGCGGACGAGGAUGGUGUAGAAAGAAUGAACGACAUGGAAAGUUUUGCUGCGGGGAGAGGGAACAGAUUCGAAGGACUGGAAAGAGUGGGAGAGUUGGCUUGAGGACUCUGUACCCUAACAACAACCAUUGGAAGCUGAUACAACUCACUUUGAUGUGUCGAGUGGCGUCAAGAACGAAGUUAUGUUGGGCAGAAGGAAAUAGCCAUAGAUGUUACUAAAAAGAAC